UGAAUGCAGCUUAGAGUCACGUUGGGCCCGUCUUGCUGUUACCAUGGACACGGAGCAGCAACAGCGCUUCCGAGUCAGCGAGGGGUCACGAAUACAAUCUGGGGUUGAGACGGGGAGGAUCGCCACAGGAGCAGAGCACUGAUGCAGUCGGAGGACGUUUCAGCUCCUGAGGAGCUUCUCCCGAAGUCCUACAGGAGUAACUCUCCAGAAGAGAUUCGGCUGUUAGCCAUGGCCGACAGCUUCCAGCGUCAGUAUUCGCACCUGUGUCCUGACCGCACACCGCUGCUGCUCUGCCCCGUCAACGAAUGUGGAGUAAAGAAGUUCGUGUCCACGUCUCUUCGGCCCACCUCGACGGUCCACUGUGAGCUGUUCAGCUGGCAGGGCUGCGCCUCUUUUGUGGCCGACUCCCUGUCGCUGGUCCCUUUGGAUCCGCCUGUGCACCUGCCAAAACACCUGUUCUCUCCCACCGCGGUGCUGCAGAGUCAGAGAGCCACGUGUUUUGAGUAUGCCACUCUGCUGUGCAGCCUGCUGCUUGGCGAAAACUACGACGCCUACUGCGUCAGCGGCUACGCCGUUAAAGAGAUGUGUGUGCUGGAUCAGAGCCUGCAGGAGUGCCCCCUGCUGGACACUGAGGUCAAGGCAGUGACCCCGGAGCAGAAGCAGCGGGAUAAUAAAUACUCAGCAAAGCUUCAGCUGGAGCAGAAGAGCCAUUUUCUGGCCCAGCGAGAGAAGAAGAAACAGGAAGCUGAAGCGGCGCUGCUUGAGAAACAAAAACUACAGGAGGAGAAAAAUCAGCAACUCGCCGACCCGCUGCGAGGUCUGCGGGUGCACUGCUGGGUGCUGGUGCUGUCAGGGAGUCGGAGCAUCCAGGAGAACUUCUUCAUCGACCCUCUGACUGGGAUCAGCUACCCUACCAACAGUGACAAAUUCCUGGGCAUCGAGAGCGUGUGGAACAACCUCAACUACUACGUCAACAUGCAGGACUGCAGCAACGGCUGUGCCGAUUUGAUGUUUGACCUGGACGACUUGAAGACGUGGGAACCACUCCUGUUUGGAGCGCCCAGCAAAAAGCAGCUGAUUCAAAAAGUCCUGAAGAGAAAAGACCUGAAACUGAUGGGCAAAAAGAGCAACCUGGUGGAGGUACCUGAUGAGGACGAGCCCAACGUUUUUGAGAUGCCGAGAUCCUGGGUCAGAUACAUCGCUAUCUCACAUGAAGCCAUGGAGAACCGUUUUCCAGGAGGAGAGAAAGUGAUCCGCUACAAACAAGCCCAGCUGGAGAGGUUUGCACCGCGCAGAAGGUCGCACGGCCUCGUCACACGACUGACCAAAUACAAAGACCGGGACUGCACUGAGGUCACUGUGGUGAAGGAGUGGUAUCAAGACAGGAGCGACUUCCUGUUGGAGAAAGAGGUCAACAAUAUCGACCGUGUGACCACAGAAAUCUUCAGCUAUGGAAGCAAAUAUCACCUCCAGCUUUUCAGGGUCAAACACCUCACUGUGGACACUGAGGUAGAGAUGCACUUCAGCAGUGCUCAUGCUGACGGUGUGGUACAGAGGGUGCUGUCAAAGACUGAAAUGAUGGAGCUCUUCGAAGGGCGGAGGGACUUCCUCUGCUACCGACACGUCUGCUUCAGAGAACAUAUUCAGGAGUUUUAUGAGAGACCUGAGGAACUGCACAUCCUGAAAGUGGUUGAGCGUUUCCAUAGAAACAGCUCCAAACCAGCCAGUGAUGAUGUGGCCGAGCGAGUGUUCCUGGAGCCGGAGAGACUCAUCGAGGUGACCUAUCACUUAACGAAGGACCAAUCAGUCCCUUCAAAGAUUAGUUUCAUCAAGCCACUGGAGUCAGAAAAAGGGAAGGCCCAGGAAUUCUCACUUGACAUGAUCUCCACCUUCCAGGUGGAUCUAUUUGAGAAACCGUUUACGGCCGCGACUCUGCGAGAGAUGAUGUUGGGCCUGAUGGAGGCUGAGGAGGAGGUGUCUUAUCAGAUCGCGCUGUCAGUGGGCGAGGUGAAAAAAAUUGUGACCUGCAAAGAGAAGAGUGGCAUGAAGGUUUGGAGCCGAGCACAAGCUGACCCGGUGCCCUGCUGUGACCAGGAGACGGAGGAAAUUGAUGACAUUUUGCCGCAGCAGGAGCAUCUCUCUGAGGAGGAGACCGACAGUCAGGACGAGCAGGAUACAGACCUGCAUCUGGACUUCAGCAAAAAUGAAGAGAAGGCCAAAUUAAUUCCACUGCAUGAAGGCACAUCCCAAAGAUCUGAGGAGAAAUAAUACGAGGAGGCGGAGCUCUGCUGCACAGCUGAGACACCUGUCACCUUUUUAUUGUAACAGUAAACAGCAACAUUGGCGUUUGUUAGUAACACAACUAAAAAUGUGUUGUUUUUUUUUCUUCAUUUUUUAUUUUUCAUUAAAUGUUAAAUGCAGAAUUUCAGACAGUAUGUGAGACUUUGUGCAGCCGGUCACUCAGAGCAGGACGGUCCUCUCUACACCACGGCCUCAUUUAUGGCUGCUGCUGAAAAAUAAAUACAAAUGAGAAGCUAUGAGUCCUGCAAUUUCAUGAAUUACUUGAACUAAAUAUGCUCAGGAAAGAGAAGCCAGACAGAACACGUGUGUGAAUGAGAGGAAGAUAGGUGGAGAGGUGAACAUGCAUGGAGGUAGUGAGGGUAGAGGUUAAAUGCCUGGGGUCAACCGUCCAAAGCAACAGACGAGAGAGGUGAAGCAGAGAGUGCAGGCAGGGUGGAGACGAGUGUCAGGUGAUCUGUGACAGGAGGAGAGCAGAGGUUCAAAUACAUUUACAACACUGAGAUUUUCUUUCACAGUUUUGGACACAAUGAACCAAACUGUUCUUUUUUACUUUCUUAUAGUGAAGUCACAGACCUCCACAAUAACUUCCAACAACAGUGUUAAUAUAAAGUGGUACAGUCGGCUUUAGCAGCCGGUUAAAUCACAGCAGACUGACAUACAGACUG